AUGGCGCCCCAAAUACCACCAGCACCGCCGACAGGGCCGUCGAGGCCCGGUGCGAGCGAGGAGAACCUCCCCAUGCCGUCGCGCAACCCGCUGCCGCUGUCCGCGAGCCAGGAGGCGCAGGUGCGCGAGGUGUUCAAUGCGCGGGUGCGGAAUCUGUGCGCGGACGAGAUCAAAGCCUUCGCAGAAUGCGCCCGCACCCGCACCUUCACGAUCCCCUUCGCAUGCCGCGCGCUCAGCCACGCCAUGAACAGCUGCAUGCUGUCGCACGCGACGCCCGACGAGCACGACCGCGCGCGCGAGGACUGGUUCGCGCAGCGCCAGAUGCGGUUCCGCGAGCGAGAAAAAAAAGAGCGCCGCAAGAUGGAACAGGAGAAGUUCCACCGCGAGUGGUGGGGCCUGCCUGAGCGCGACCCCGAGGACGUAAAGCGGGAGCUGGAGAAAUUGGCUUUGAAGGAGAGGAUUGGGGGCGGGUAUGGGCGGUCGCGGAGGGGGGAGGAGCAGGAGGUGCGGGAGAGAGGGGAGGACGGAAAGACGUGA